AUGAGCCGUCAUUCUCCUUCGGUAUCGCCGCCGGGUUUCUGGAGCGAAGCCGCUAGAGACUAUGCACGAAAUUCCAGGAACAUCGGUGGCCAUGACCCCCCACGGCCAGCAAAAGAUGGGUUCGAGUGGGUAUGGUUUCCGGACGGAUACUGGGCAGAGAGGCCGACCGUACGUCGAGAUAGCUCGAAACGCCCGGGUACAAUUUCGGUGGGCUCAGCAGGCAAGAUAUUCAAGUGGACAUCGAGGAUGAACGAGAGAAGCCCAUUACAAUCUCAAGAGCACGAGCAGAGAGAUUCCUCGCCAAAGACAGUCCAACCAACCCCUCCGCUGGGUGUUCCGCAACUCAGUAUGCCCGAAAAGAAUACUGAAUCGUUCAGCCCCCCCAGGGCUCUUCCUCAUAGCCCAUGGCUCUCGGAGGCUGCCCAGGUGGAGGCUUUGCAGCGCCCUGCUGACCAGCAAAUAAAUUUUGCCGGCAUAAUCACUUUAAACAAGCAAUCUCCGCUUGCUCGCAGCAAAUCGAGCGGUGCAAUGAGCACCGCUUCGGCCUUUCAAGCAAGAAGGAAGGCAACGAAGUCAAGGCUUCCCUGGAAGCCUUUUGAACGAUCAAAGAUCGAGGAACCUGCGGAAGUACACGAAGACCUGACCAAGGAUCCAAAUGUUGACGCGGCACUUAGUUACUUCACCCAAAAGCCAGUCGAUCCCUCUCAACCUCUGACACCGCUGGAGGAGAAGGAAGAUGAUGACCACAACAGUGGACCGCUCAAGAGUCUGCGUAGAUGGCUCAGGAAGGCCCCCCAAAAUCGCCAACACAUGCAGUCGUCUAGUCGUACAAGCCGUACGAGCGCCUCGAGCUCCAACAAUCAUAUGUGGAUGGAACAAAACAUCCCGGAUAGCCUAGCUGGUGGCACAGCUGGCUGUACUAAACACCAUGGCAACUAUAUUGUUCCUGCAAGUGACCUGAGUGAGGAACAAGCGCUGGGUGCCACAAUGUCAUAUCCUACCGGUGAAGCCAUGUCUGUAGCUCCGCCCGCAACCAAACAAUCUGCAGGCGGCAACCCGAGGAGCUUCUUCAUAGAUGUCAAACACCCUUCGUCCAUGAACGACUCAACGCCAUCUUCCGCAAGCUCCGCCCGGACAAAAGCACUCUCAUAUCAAAAAGGAGUCGAAGCUGAGAGGCGGGAACGGUGGGAUGAACCAAAUGCUUUGGUCAGGAGAGACCCUGUCAAAGAAAUCUCCUUCGAAUUCGACCUGCCGGAACACCUUCCUUCUAGCCCUAUGUGCCCGGCAAACCCAAGGCAUAAGCUCAGAGGAAAGGGGGUCUGCGUGGUUCACGGGAGAUCAAAGCAGGCGUCUGUGGGUGAUGCGGCUGCUGUUGCGGCAGAAGAAGUGACGGGGAGCCCCUGA